UCGUAACGCGGAACCUACAUAGCGGGUCGCUUACAUGGCGGUUGCAACUUGUGGGCAUGGUCACGACUGGCUAGUGUCAAGCUGUUCAGACUCGUUAAUUCGGCGAAACUGCCGUUCGACAAGAACGUUUCGUCCUCAUCUCUGGUCGCGAGCCAGCUAAAGAAAUUUCCUGCCGCAAUACCGCCUGAUUUUGAAAAUCUUCGAGUCCUCGUCCUUUGAUCAUGGGCUCUAUCCUGACUCCACCGGGCUCGCCAUUGUUAGACGAGAAGCCUCGAUGGACGGCAAGAGUCAAAAGUCCUGUUCCAAUUAGCCCGUACCUAAUCCUUGGCUACAAUGUGCUAUGUCAAAUUUUACAUGUUCCAACUCGACGAAUUCGCACAUGGUAUUCAUCGAUCACGACAUCACAAAGCGAACGACUGCGAGCCACGGCAUGGCUCGACGGACUGCGGGGAUUUGCUGCGCUGAUGGUUUAUGUUCUUCACCACGAGGUUUGGGCACACGAUUCUCUCGGUGCAGACAAGAUCCUCGAAAAUGCAUUUGGCUACGAAGGUCGCCAUUACCUCGCGCAGCUUCCGGGCAUCAGGCUGCUCUUUGGGGGGGGCCACUUCUCGGUCGCAAUCUUCUUCGUCAUUUCGGGCUACGUCUUGACGUUGAAGCCGCUGAAGCUCGUUCACAACGGCGAGUUCGAGAAGCUUAGCGACAACCUGGGCUCCGCGCUGUUCCGGCGGUGGCUGCGCCUCUAUAUUCCCGUCGCGGCGACAACAUUCCUCUUCAUGACCGCCGUGUACAUCCACCCAAACCUGCAGACAAACUUGAAACCGGAGCGACGAUACAUCGAUGAAGUCUGGAAAUGGUACGACGACUUCAAACAGUUCAGCUUCGUCUACAAGCAGGGCGGGGUGCCUUGGAUGCUUUACAACUUCCACGCUUGGACCAUCCCACUCGAGUUCAAAGGCUCAAUCAUUGUCUACACAGUAGUGCUUGCUCUUGCGAGAGCCACUGCCAACGCUCGCCUCUGUUUGACCGUAGGAUUGAUGUAUUACUUCAUGUACGUGGUCGACGGUUGGUAUGCGUCAUGCUUCCUCGGAGGCAUGCUCUUGGUGGAUCUGGAUAUCAUGGCCGAGCGAGACCAACUUCCCAGAUUCAUCACGCGACUCAGACCGUGGAAAGAUCUUAUAUUUUACACAUUGCUGGUCGUAGGACUAUAUCUCGGAGGCGCCCCGGCAUAUGGCCUAGGAAUUGAGAAUUUGCGUGACGCAUGGGGCUGGCAUUAUCUAUCUUACCUCAGGCCGUCGGCAGUGUACAUGCCCAAGUCAUUCUACCUAUUUUGGGGCGGCAUGUUUGUCGUCGCUUCCAUUCCACGCAUUCCAUGGCUGAAGGCUUUCUUCCAGCUUCCCAUCAUCCAAUGGAUCGGCAAGGUGUCAUACGCGCUGUAUCUUGUCCAUGGCCCAAUUCUAUGGACCUUUGGCGACAGAAUGUACGCCGCUGUAGGCUGGGCUCGAGCGGAUCACGCCAUCAAUAUCCCAAGCUGGGCAGGCAUUCUUCGACUACCGAAAUGGGGUCCUUUUGGCCUGGAACUAAACUUUCUAUUCGCACAGAUGAUCAUACUGCCUGUGACGCUGUGGGCGUCGAGCUUAGCAACGAGGGCUUUCGACGAGCCAGCGAUGAAGUUUGCAGCAUGGCUGUACGGUCGGGUACAAGCUCCGAGUGCUGAGCCUGAGAAGCACCCUGUCUAGUAAUAGCGCCCUAGAUCACUGUAGAUACGUUUUGAUAAUCAAGAAAUAAUGUUUUCUUUUC